UUUUGACCUGCGAGUGUGAAGCCGCGACUGCGGGAUAGCUAUUAGCGAGCGCAAAACGCGUGCGGGGCGAAUCAUCGUUGGCUUCUGAUAAACAAAUCUGAAUUCCUAAGAACUCUCUGCCUCUGCCUUCAGAUCUGCCGCUAUCUGUGACGAUGGAUGCCAUUGAUUCCGUCGUGGAUCCUCUCAGAGACUUUGCCAAGGACAGUGUUCGUCUUGUGAAGCGCUGCCACAAGCCUGAUCGCAAAGAAUUCACAAAAGUAGCAACCCGUACGGCUAUUGGUUUCGUUGUGAUGGGGUUUGUUGGGUUUUUCGUCAAGUUGAUUUUCAUUCCGAUCAACAACAUUAUUGUUGGCUCUGGUUAGGUUAGAUCGAAGUACGAUAAGGGGUGACCAGGUUGUAUCACAUACUAGUUCAUAGCUUCUAGCUCGAUUUGUCCUUAUCUUCCGUUAUUGAUUGAACAAGAACUUCAGAGCUUUUUAAUUUCAAAAUAUACGAGAAUUAUGUGAUUUUUCUUGCUAUUCUGUAUUAUUUUUCCAUGCUUAUUGUAUUGACAUCAAGCGUCUCA